AUGGAGCCACAUCUUCUUGAAUGUCUUGAUCAGACCAUUUCUCUUGCAAGAGUAUCUCAAUUGAAGGAAUUUGAGCACAAAAA